AUGUCUAGAUCAAGAGUUUUCUUUGAUAUUACCAUCGGUGCUGCCCCAGCUGGUAGAGUUGUCUUUGAAUUGUACAAUGAUAUUGUCCCAAAGACUGCUGAAAACUUCAGAGCUUUGUGUACUGGAGAAAAGGGAUUCGGAUACAAGGGUUCUAUCUUCCACAGAGUCAUUAAAGAUUUCAUGAUUCAAGGUGGUGAUUUUACUAACUUUAAUGGUACUGGUGGUAAGUCCAUCUAUGGUACAAAGUUUGAAGAUGAAAACUUUAAGGAAAAGCACACCAUUCCAGGAUUGUUGUCAAUGGCUAAUGCUGGUAAGAAUACCAAUGGUUCCCAAUUCUUCGUUACUACUGUUCCAUGCCCAUGGUUGGACGGUAAGCACGUUGUUUUCGGAAAGGUUGUUGAAGGUUAUGAAAUUAUUAAGAAGAUUGAAGGAUCAAAGACUAACCAACGUGAUACUCCAUUGUCUGAAGUUAAGAUUGCUGAUUGUGGUGCUUUGUAAAUUCAAUAAUAAAUUAACUUGAAUUUUAAAA